UCCCUGGAGUGGCCUGAUGACCAACCAGCAAAGGAGUUGGAUAAAACUAAACUGAAGACACAGUACUGGGAGGAAUGUACUUCCGAAGAUAAUAAAGGCGUCUGCAGCAUGGCGAAUCAGGCUGGUUCCCAAAAAGUGAAGAAAGUACAUGUGGGCCGACCAACAACAGUUGUGAAGGGAAGUGAUAUUUACAUGCUUGCUGGAAAUUACAGUUGGACACUUACCGAGAAUGACCAGGCAGGUGACUGGGGACUCAUGCUGGUGAAAGGGAACGUCAGUAGGGAAGGAGAAAAUAAAAGAAUUUAUUGGAAUGAUACUUACGUUAUCCCGUGGUAUUAUAAUGGCAAUCAAGGAUCACUGAAACGACUGGUUGGUAGCGGUGGAUCGGGUGUUAAGAUGAAGGACGGUACGCUUGUGUUUCCUAUUGAAGGCACAAAAAAGGAAAAGAAGGAUGAUGGCACUGAAAAGGAUGGAAAGACCGUUUCGCUGAUCAUUUACUCCUUUGAGGAUAUUGCGGGUUGGGUGCUGCCGAAGGGGAUGUCUGCCGAUGGCUGCAGUGAUCCCUCCGUCGUGGAGUGGAAGGAAAAACUCGUGAUGAUGACUGCGUGUGAUGAUGGCCGCCGCAGGGUGUACGAGUCCGGUGACAAGGGGGAUUCGUGGACGGAGGCACUCGGGACACUCUCGCGCGUGUGGGGCAACAAAAAGGAUAAAAAAGUGAAACCCGUUGGGAGCGGGUUCAUCACAGCGACGAUUGAGAACAGGGACGUGAUGCUCGUUACUCUGCCGGUGUAUGCCAAGAAUGCUGAGUACGAAGUUAACCGAAAGGGUGAACUCCAUCUUUGGCUGACGGACAACACGCACAUUGUUGAUAUUGGGCCGGUAUCCAAUGAUGACGUUACCGCCAGCUCCCUGCUGUACAGAAGUGGUGGAAAUGGGGAUACUAAUAAUGAGGAGAAGUUGAUUGCACUGUACGAGAAGGAGGGUAGUGACGACGUAACAUCUCACAGUUUGCUCACUGUGCCUCUGAAUAAGCAGCUGGAGAAGGUGAAGGAGGUGCUGAAGACAUGGAAGGAAGUGGACGACACUGUUUCCAAGCUGUGCACCACUGAGAGUGUUGAGGAAGAUCGCUCACCUAACACUGCCUGCAGCGUUGCCAUGCCGACGGAUGGGCUGGUUGGCUUUUUGUCUGGCAAAUUCUCUGGGAACACAUGGAGUGACGAGUACCUCGGGGUGGACGCCACGGUACAUAAUAAUGAUGAUGGGGCAACAAAGGCCUCCGAUGGGGUGACGUUCCGGGGAGCGUGGACGGAGUGGCCUGUUGGCAGGCAGGGGCAGAAUCAGCUGUACCACUUUGCGAACUACAACUUCACUCUUGUGGCGACGGUGUCCAUCCACGGUGAGCCGAAGGAAGAUACCCCCAUUCCAGUGAUGGGUGUGCGUCUGGACGGUGAAGGAGAAAACAAACUUAUGGAGCUGUCAUAUGACAGUGAAAAGAAGUGGCGGGUGCUUUGCAGUGACGGCAAGAUCAAGAAGCUCAAAAGUACUUGGGAGACAUGGACACAGUACCAAGUGGCCAUUGUGCUACAGAACGGCACCCAGGGCACCGCGUACGUCGAUGGUAAGCGUGUGUGUGGGGAUGUGCAACGUAGCUCGGAUAAUACGGAAUUGAAAGGGAUCUCACACUUCUACAUUGGAGGGGAUGGAAGCAGUGCAGGGAGCAAAGAAGACGUGCCUGUGACUGUGACGAACGUCCUGCUGUACAACCGUCCGUUGACUUUUUCAGGUGGGAAUGCCGAGGUGGAAGAAGAUGCCGAUUCACCAUCAGCGGAG